CUUGUCUCGCGGAACGUGGUUGCAUUUGGUAGGGGCCAAGGAAGUAGCGGUGGUGGUUAGAAGUUUUCUAUUUCUUGAUGGGAUGGCUCUUUUCCCUGCUUUUGCGGACACCGCGGAGCCCGGCGAGACACCAGCAAGCGAACGUGAGGGCUCCAAAAGAGAAUUGAAUUGGCUAACCAACCCAAGCUUCUGCAGUGAAGAUGCACUGAGACUGCAUCAGCAUGCUUUACAGGUCACAGACCUUGUCCCAGAGAAAACUCCGCUUCAAAGUUCUUGUUCAUUUCUAUGCGGAACAACCACCAACUUAGAGCUACCAAGAGAGAGUAAAGGCAGUGAUGAUUUUCAAAAAGCAGCUAAGAAACAAAAGAAAAAGAAAAAACAGCGGGAUCGUAAAAAAGUAAAAAAAAGAAGGAAAAGGGAUCAGAGUACCAGUGAAUCUGACUCUGAGGAUACAAAAGAUCAUAGGAAUAAUGGGAAAGGAGGAGCACAACUGAAUUUAGAAGACAAGCCCUCAAGUGUAAGCUACCAUUCUAUUUGGCUUGAUGACAUCCAGGGUUUGACAGCAGAAGUAUUCAGAACAGAUAAGAAACCAGACCCUGCAAACUGGCAAUACAAGUCACUUUAUCAAGGGAACAUCGCAAGAUAUAAGAGGAGAAGUAACUUCUGUCUUGGCAUUGAUCUAAAGAAGCAACAUAUAAUCUGGGAAAGUUCAACAGAGAAAAGACCAUCCCAGAAGCGUCCUGAACGCUACUUCACAAAAGGCGGCCGGAAGCUCUUGAACAUGGAUGGCAUUCCCAUCAGUUGUAAAAGUCAGUGCUCUCCAUCUGACUUAACCACUUGGAUACCAAUUUUGCAGCAGGACCCAGAUGAUGGUCCUCCUCCUAGCAGCUGGGUAAAUCCCCUUGGAAUUUAUGAUCCACAAACCACAUUGUGGCUACAAGGAAAGGGUCCUCCUGAGCAUGAUUCAGUAAAGGAGCAGGAACCCCAAGAGAGCUCUGACAGUGGGAAUGCCCGCCUGCUGGCCAGAGUAGAAGAGUACAACAGGAAGGUCAGAGAGAAUCCCAGGGAUGUCAAAGCAUGGAUGGAUUUCGUUUCCUUUCAGGAUGAACUCAUGAAAGGUCCUAGCUGUUACACAAUUGACAAAGGUGAACAGGAAACAAGAAAGAAGUCACUAAAGCUAGUCUUGGAGAAGAAGCUGGCUAUUUUGGAGAGAGCCAUUGAAAGUAACCUAAAUGAUGUUGACCUUAAACUGGCUAGGCUAAAGCUUUGCACAGAGUUUUGGGAACCAUCAGCUGUGAUCAAAGAAUGGCAGAAACUGGUUUUCUUGCAUCCAAACAACCCGACACUGUGGCAAAAAUAUCUCUUGUUCUGCCAGAGUCAGUUCAGCACUUUUGUUGUUUCCAAAGUUCACAGUCUUUAUGGAAAAUGCCUGAGCACUUUGUCGGCGGUACAGGAUGGCAGUAUGGUGUCACAUCCAGCUCUGCCAGGCACAGAGGAAGCCGUGCUAGCCAUCUUUCUUCAGCACUGCCAUUUCCUUAGGCAGGCAGGCCAUUCAGAGAAAGCAAUAUCUUUGUUCCAGGCCAUGAUUGACUUUACCUUUUUCAAACCAGAUAGUGUAAAAGAUCUGUCAACAAGGGGACAGGUGGAAUUCUUUGAACCAUUCUGGGAUAGUGGUGAGCCUCGGAUUGGAGAAAAAGGGGCAAGAGGCUGGAAGGCCUGGAUGCAUCAGCAAGAAAAAGGUGGCUGGGUCAUCAUCAAUCCACCUGAUGAUGACGAAGAUGUAGAAGAAAAUGAAGAGGAAAUAAAGGAUAAAUCUCUACCCAAGUGGCAAAAUUGGCUUCAUAUUGAACGUUCCCGUGAAGAAAGACACUGGUUACCCUGGCGGCCAGACAAAACCAAAAAACAGACCUUGGAAGAUUGUGAAGAUCCAGAAAGACAGGUCCUAUUUGAUGACCUUGGUCCAUCAUUAAUACAAAUUUCCAGUCCAGAUCUUCAGUUUCAACUGCUCUGCUCAUUUUUGCAAUUCUUAGGAGUUCCGUGUGGAUGCCACUUCCUUCCUUCCUUCCUCUACAUAGCAAUGGAUGAGAACAACAUAUUUGACAAUGGGCUACACACCCAAGGACCUCUUACUUCUUUUGAUUUGCCAGUUUCUGGAGUCAGUAGCAUUGGGCGUAUGGACUCAAUGGUCCAACAACAGAGGCAUGUGGGCCACCCUAAGGAAGGGGAGGAGUUUAUACAGAAUUUCUUCCAUAUGAUGCUGUCUCUGUUUUCAGGGAAAGAGAAAUCUAAUCUAUCCAUCUUUUGGCUUCAGUAUGAAAUCUCUAAGGUUGUUCAGUGUUUGAAAACAGGGAACAAAAGGAAACUAAAAUGGCAAGGCAAGAAAAGUAAAAAAUUGGCCAAGAAUCUUCUGAAGGCACCUGACAACAGAAAUGAUGUUUCCCUUUGGCAACUCUAUGCCUAUCUGGAGUGGCUGCUUGGCAACAUAGAAGAUGCUAGAAAAGUUUUUGAUAUGUCUCUGAGCAUGGCAGGAAGUGCUGGGAUCAGAUAUCCGCAGUUCUGUCAUCUCAGCCUCCUUUAUGCUGAACUGGAAGCAGAGUUGCUAGGAAGUUCAGAGCGAACUCUUGAGUCACGUGCUGUUCAUAUCUUGACUAGGCUGACAGAGCAGGGGCCUUAUGUGCCCUACAAUGGACAAGUGUUAGCGGUGAGUGUCUUGAAGGCUCGGAAGACCUAUGAACAUCUUCUUCAGAAUUACUUAAAUGAAGGCACCACCUCUGAUCAAGGACAGAUAAGUGGUUGCAGCCACCUUGUUGGUUUAGUUGGUUGCUACUCCCUUUUCCAGUACCUCACCCUUGGGAUUGACUCUGCAGUGUCAAUAUAUAGGCAGGUUUCCGGAAAGCUGAAAGAUGAAAAUCUUGGAGAAAGGCUCAGCAAUCGGAAUGUUACUACAGCUCUUGAAGCCAUUACACUGAUGCAUGCAAGUUUGCUCCAUUAUCACACCAAAAAAGCCAUAUAUCCUUUGAAUCCCCUUCGUGAAACAUUGUCGGAGGCAUUGAGGAUGUAUCCUAGCAACCAGUCCCUUUGGAGAGUCUACAUCCAGAUCCAAAGCAAGUCUCACAAUGCAAGCAGAACACGGCGGUUUUUUGAUGGGGUCACAAGAAAAACAAAAUCCCUGGAGCCCUGGCUGUUCGCACUCCAAACAGAGCAAAUGAGGAAAAAGCUGGUCGAAACUGUCCAGAGGGUUGCUACUGGAGACGUGUAUGCAACAAUCCCUGAAACGGGGUUAACAAAUCGAAUCAAAGCUUUAUUUGAGCAUGCAGUUGAGACUGAGAGCGGAGCUCAUUGCCCCUUGCUGUGGAGGCUACAUAUCUCCUUUAUGGUUUCCUUGGGAGAGAAAGAAAAAAGUAAAGCGAUGUUUUAUAGAGCACUUCAAAACUGUCCUUGGGCAAAAGUGCUAUAUAUGGAUGCCAUAGAAUAUUUUCCAAAUGAACUGCAUGAGACACUUGACCUUAUGACUGAGAAAGAAUUGAGAGUCCGGGUCCCCAUAGAAGAACUGGAGCUGUUGCUUGAAGACUAAAGAAUGAUAUGAAGAUGAGAGACUUAAAAGUGGCUUUUGGUUUAAUGUGACCUCUAUAUACAAUGGGAGGAAACGUUCAGGGUAUUCCUUGCAUCUGUAACACGUAAGAAAGAGUUUUCUGUUAUAUCUUUUCUCAUGUGAGCACAUUGGUUUCAUUAAAUAUAAAAGUGGGUAUGAAAUCAUGCCUACCUUAUAAUAAGCUUCCAAGUGGACUUUAAUGCUUUUAGUAAACAGUCAAGACAUGUGCAAAAUGUUGUAACAAGGAAUACAGGGGAGAUAACUAACACAGUUGUUAGUAGUUUUUUUCCUUCCAGUUGACUGUGGUUUCAUAGGUGACAAUCCGCCAAUUUUCACAACACUCUGUAGAGAACUGUACACAUGGUAAUACGUACUUAAUUUGGCAGUUCACAAGGUAGCAAAGAAACCUUGUGUAACUGGAUUUUUUAUCAGUACAUUAUGACAAAUUAUAGUUUUAUUGUAAAUAUGCUUGUAAAAAAUGGCCUUUGUUGAGUGUGGAGUCUUUCAGAGUGUACAUAUUAUGCAAUUCCAUUUUAAUUAAGUAUUCUUAAUGUUUCAGUUGCUCCCACCUGACAUUGCAUAGUUACAGCUGUCAGAACAAAUGUUGGGCCCUCCUGUAAUAAAUGUGACAUUUUGUAACUUAA